UUCAAUUUUUAUAUAUUGUAAUAAUAAUUAUUACUUUAUAUAAUUAUUUUUAGAUAUUAAUGAUUCCAUUAGUAAAAAUCUCAAUGGCCUACCAUUACUCUAUUCUUAUUAAAUAAUAUGAUCAGAGAGUUUUGGCGGCAACCCGAGUGAAGCGUCACUUGAAGUUUUAUUUUAAUGUUUUUUAAUAGUUUAUUGUGAUGUAUAAUAUAUAAAUUGGGUGUUGUUUUGUGUAUUAGACGUCAAUAAUCGUUGUUCACGAUUAUUGAGGAAUUGGAAUAAAACUGUGGCUAACAUAGCAGUGACUGUUUUUUUUUUCAAGAUAAAAGAUCUGCGGAAAUUCACGCUCACUCACUUUGGACCCAACAAAUCUUACAGAAAAUUAAAAUAUUUAAUGAGCAAUGUUCCGCAUGCCUUUCCGAUUUACAAAUGAAACAAAACAAAGUUUUUGAUUUUGACGUUUAGUUUUGACUUCAGUUUAAAAUGCUUAGAGAUUCGCGGUCUGUUUUAAAUAAUCUAUUUGAAAUGAAUUUUUAAUAGUUCACCUAUAAAAUAUUUCUAGUUAGUUUGUAUUUCCUUUCGACUAAAACGAUGGCUACCCCAAAAAGUGAAAAAGAUCUGCAUUUGCCCCUGUCCAGGGUUAAAACAAUAAUGAAAAGCUCACCGGACGUAGAAGCAGUUGGUCCAGAACCACUAUAUUUAGUCACUAAAGUUACAGAAUUGUUUGUAAUGGAUCUAGCAAAGAGGGCACACAAAAACAGUAAUGCCAACUUCCUAGAAUACAAACAUAUUGCUGAUAUUGUUCAAGAGGAUGACACUUUAGACUUUCUCAGAGAGAUCAUGCCUCGAAAGAUCACUGUGCGUCAAUUCAAAGAGAUGAUGGCCAAGAAAGCUGCCAAGAACGGUGAUGAUUCAAGUGAAGACUCCAGUGAAGACAGCAGUGAAGACUCAUCCAGUAACAAUGAACAAGAGUGAUAAGCUGAACUACAAACACUAAGGGACAAAUUCACAGACUGAAGAAAAGUGAAGAAUUUAAACAGAAACAAAUGUUGAGUGUCUCCUAAUCUGUGCCAAUAAGCCUAUUCUGGCGUUGGGUUAUUUUUAUUAACUUAAUUUUACAAAUUGGUUUCUUUUCUUUCAUGAAAUGUAAUAACAUUUACAAAUAUUGUGCUCGUCAAGUAUCAUUUAAUUGUGUCAUUAAAUUGAUGAUUGUGUCAUUAAAUGAUAGAAUUCUGCCUUUGCAUGUUGUUUGUUAAUCAAAAUGUUAUGCAAUUAAAAUUUGUAUUACUUAUGAUUACUUUAAGUUUUUCAAAUAUUAAAGUGAAAUAAAUAACAGAAAGUUUAUAAAUUAUAUUGCUAAAACUUUGAUCUGGUGUAAUCUAAAAGUAAUUGUCAUUUCAUGGACCAUCUCAAACUAUUUGUUGUGUGACACUUUUAUCAAAUAAUUUCAACUAUAAUUAAGAGCACUGAAGUAUGUUUCUCACAAUAUCUAAGGCAUACAGGAGUAUAAUUGAGGCCGUCAACGCAAAAGUGGCCUAACCCACAAUUUUUCAUAAUCAUGUUUAUAAUUAUGUAUAUUGCAAUCUAUUUAAAAUAUAAUAAAUUUUGAUGCAAAACUGGCAUAUUCAUAGUUUCACCCAUAGGUAAUAGAUGACUGUAAACAUUAUUUUUGCCCCUAUUGUUUUUUGCGUACUCAAAUUUAAACUCGUGAAAAUUUAAAUAUCUCUGCUCCAUAAUAACUAUGGUAAGCUUUGGCCACUUUUGCGCUGACGGCCUCAAUUGUCACAUGAAGUUGGAGUUUCAACCAUACAAGUGAUUGAAACUCCAACUUCAUGUGACAAUUGAGGCCAUCUGGACUCAUAAUUGCAUUUGAUCUGUGCUUAGUGCGAGUUUUGUAGAUGUAGAUUAAAUAUAGAAUGAAUUGUAAACAUUUCAUGUGAGUGGGAUUUUUAUAACUACUAUUUUUUUUAUUAUUUUUGUUUUUGUUUUUUAUAAGCAUUGUAGGUAGCAAUGCAUUACCCAUGGCCACACAAAGUCUAUCGAAGCUUACAUGUAAAGAUAUUUAAAAAAAGAAAUCCAAUGUUUUUAUGCGGAAUGUGCAAGUUGUUUUAUUGCAACAGUAUGGUAUUAUUUAUAUUUGUAAACAGUCAUUAAAAGUAUUUCCUGACUAAGUUGGGUGAACAAACACAGAACAGAAAUAAAAGAAUUUAAACUUCCAA